AUAAUCCAGGUAAAAAUCACUAAAAAUUGAAAUCUUAGUUUGAGCUUUUUUUCAAGAUCAUGUACUACAUUUCUGCUUUAUUUUCAAUAUUAAAACAUUGGGCAUCCUAAAAAUAUUUUUAAUUCAACUAUUAAGAUGUCAAUGGCAGCUAUGAUAAGAAAUAUUUCCAAAAAAACUUUCUAAUGCCAGAAGUUACACCUUAGGGUGAAUAUGGCAAAACUUAUAGAGCAAUAAUAAAGCUCUUCUCACGGUAUACUGGUUACAUUACUUUGGUCAACACAAAACCUACUGACGUAGACCCGAGGACCAUUGUUUGGGCUGUGCAUUCUAUUGGAUACAGGGAUACCUGGCUUUUAUCCUGUGUACCAUGUGACAUGUUGCUGUAUAAAUACAAGCAAAUAGUGAGUCCACCAUAUUGAAUGAAACAGAAAGUUUAGCUGUCAAAUUCGCCGUUAAACUCAUUUUGGAAGCAGAACAUAUAUAUUUCGAAGUAAUAGAAGAAUUUCAAGAUGUUAAAAUGGAUGGAGAGGAAAAGAGAAGCUUGACAAAUUCAAAGAAAGUCACUAAAUAGGAUAAAAGACAGAAAUCUUCAUAAUGCCGAAAGUUGUGCACAAGACAGUUAGAAUAGUAGUCAACCACGCAGGGGCUGAAGGUCAAGGUGACAGUCCGGCAGUUACUUACCAUCAAGGGCAACAAAUUACAUACACAGAUGCAUCAGGAAGGACAAUUAACUUACAGGCUGGUUCAACAAAGACAUUUGUGAACAGAAAAACACAGCCAAGAACCACUCACGUAAAAUCUAAUCAAGUUGUCCCAAGUGUGGAAACGCCUACACCUAGAAUAAAAAAUGACCAAGUUGCCGUUUCAAUUCCAGAAAUGGACAAUAUUUCUACAAGUGACAGAAUCCCUAUCAUCCACCAAGACCAGGCUGCAGUGAGACAAGAUGUCGGUGCAGGCAACAUAAGUGCCAGUGACAGACUGAAAAACCACUGUUUUGUCUCUGACACCCAACGGUUAUCAUACGGAGCAAAUCAGGACCAGGCUAACCUUGGACAUAAAUUAAUUACAUCCCAGACAGAGAAACCCCUCAACCCAUGCAUAGCCACCUCAUUGGAAGUAUUCAUGCACUGCGUAUUCUUAGCCAACCUUGUAUUUACCAUAGCAGAUAUUGCGGUUGAUCCAAACUUUUUACAUUUUAAAAUCCCUGCACUUAUCAUUGGGAUCCUAGAGAACAUUGUUCUCCUUGUCAUCUAUUUCUACCUUAAGUUAAGGUAUUACAAAAAUAAAAAUACUGGAAGGACAGAAACAUCAGAGGAGGAUAAACACAGAAAUAAACGCAUUCAGUAUAUCACCAAUCUUUGCUACGAAUUUCUCCUCUAUCCAAUCAUAAUUUUCACCGUUUUUGGACUAGCUGUUGGAAAAGAUUACCAGUUUGGUAAUGCCUGGCAAAUAACUGGUAUGAUUCUAUUGUUCAUAGAUCUUGUGGACUUAUCCAUUGUCUAUGUAAGCAGAAUGUAUAUGGUACGAAGACUUGUGAAAGAUAUGGAACUAAUUUUAAAUGUGCAUGGUUUUAAGGUAUCGGAGAGAACAGGCUUCUGUGGUGGAAUUCUAACAAGAACCUACAUUUGCAUUGUGGGAAAUUCUUUUUUAUUUGCUGUCAUGUUGCUGCUGCUGGGUUUUCAGAUUCAUGCUGACAAUUACAUCAGUGAGGAUUAUUUGUUAUCAUUCAGAUCAGCUUUCAUGAUUUUGUGCACUGUUCUCAUUCCCUUCCUAAGCCUGGUAAACUUCAUCCUGGUGAACUACUACUGGAUCCUGGAGUGCCUACUCCUCAUCAGUAAGUACGCAGCUAGAGAUUUUGGAGAUGCAGUAGAGGUAUACCGAGAAAAAUACGGCGAAGCUUUUGCUGACACCCUGGAACACAUCAUUCGGAACACAGAGGCAAACGAAAGCAGGAUACGUGACAUUCAACAGGUAGCACCCAUGCAGAAAUUUCUCUACGGCACUCAAGAAUGGUGGAUUAUUAUUCUGGUAAUUCUAUUUAAUACUCUAGCUAUGUCAAUCCCUGCUUUCUACCAAAGUGACCCCCACUCAGGGCAUGGCAGCACAUUUGCCAUAGCUGCAUACAUUGUAGUCCUCAUAGCAUCAAACAUCCAGACAGUGGCCACUCUGGUGCUUCUCCUCCUCAUUGGGUUUGCCUUCGUGUUCACCAUGUUAUAUGAAAUAUGCCAGGCAUGCUGCUGUAGGCAGACAUCAUGAUAUUGAUUUCUUUGUACAGAAUCUCAUCAAAACUGAUGCAGCUCAA